AUGAGUGCGCCGGCCUUUUCGGACGCCACUCUUACUCGUGAAUCCCAAAGCUCUGACUUUGAAUUGACCAUUCGCCAGCAGCCCGAACGGGCGCGCGUGGCUGGUGGGAAAGAAAAAGAGCGGAAGCCCGUCGAUCCUCCACCGAUUGUCCAACUUCGCGUGAGAGAGGAGGGCACUUACCUUGCACAGCACUACCUGCAAAGUCCUUAUUAUUUUAUGUGCUGUAGCUUGUGGGAUGCAACGGAAGAUCAAGCGGUCCCAGUUCCGCCGUCGACUGCACUAGCAGGAACCUUGGUCUCUUCUCUUCAUCGCUUAAAGGACGUGGACAAUAACGAUGGGGGGUUUUUCGUGUUUGGGGACUUGUCUGUCAAGCUCGAGGGAGAUUUCCGUCUCAAAUUUACUUUGUUCGAAAUGCGGAAGGAAAAUGUGGCCUGCUUGAAGUACAUCGUUUCAGAUCGUUUUACUGUAUCACCACCCAAGAGCUUCCCGGGUAUGGGAGAGUCGACAUUCUUGUCUAGGUCUUUCGCAGACCAGGGUGUGAAGUUAAGAAUACGCAAAGAACCCCGAGCGCUCAUGAAACGGCCAGUUCCACGACCUGAGGAGUAUCCCCAGCCUCUCCCUCCUCGCUCACCUGAUCGCUCGUCUAUUUCAAUGCCAGGGAAUGCAUUUGCCGGCUAUCCAAGUCGAGAUUACUCGUACAUGCAGCCGGCACCGGCCAAGCGUCAGCGUACUUCUUCGAUUGACUAUGGCACGUAUCCGCAGACUGCAACCAUGUACCCGAAUCAGCCGGGAGCAUAUCAAACGCCGAUCCUACAGAGCUACAACCCAGGAGUAACAGAUUUUCUGAGACCUGGUUCCAGAUAUGUGCAACCUUCUUACCCUGCUUUUACCGACGCAUAUGGUCUCCCAUCUGCACAAGUUCCCACGUUGCCGGACCGGUCUAGUCAUCAAGCUACUAUGCAAUCUUUGGGAAUGCAGCCAGGCACACCGACCGCAGAUCCCACGGCAGCAAUACUGCCUCAGAGUUAUGCUCGACCACAGUAUCAACCAAACACCUUACCUCCAUUGAGCCGCCUUCCUCAAACCACGAACGGUGGGGCUGCACGAGGGUACUUUGAGCAACCGCCCCAUGGAACCACCCCUAUUCUUCCCUCACAACAGCCCAUUGCUACAAAUGAAGAACGGUAUAGUGCUGUGCCAGGUGCAACAGGCUUUGAACCUCCUGGUUCAUCCAAUGGAACGCCCCGAUGA